GACUAACAUCCGUCAUUACUUAUGUUGCAGUGGUAUGGUUGUCCAAGAUCCUUCAAAGGAUAAUGAUGUGGAUGCAAUAUUCAAUCAAGCUAGAGAGCUAGGAGCUGUAGAAGGGCCUACCGAGCAGUUUCGUCCUUCAAGCUCAAGAAGCUUCACUGGAACUGGUAGAUUACUCUCUGGAGAGCCUGUACCAUCUGCUCCUCAGCAGCCUGAGCCCGUUACUCACAAUAUUGUUUUCUGGACCAAUGGUUUCACUGUAAAUGAUGGUCCUCUAAGGAGGUUGGAUGACCCUGAGAAUGCAUCUUUCCUCGAGAGCAUCAAAAAGUCAGAAUGCCCAAAAGAGCUUGAGCCUGCAGAUAGAAGGGCUUCUGUCCGUGUCAAUCCGCUCCCCCCCCCCCAACAAUGCCCUGAACCAGAGAAACGCCAGGUUCCAUUUCAAGGUGUGGGAAGAACCCUUGGUAGCAGUAGUAGUGCCACAGCAACUCCUGAACUGACUGCAGCUUCCUCUUCAGCCACCACUGCUCCAACCCCUUCUAUGGGCCUUGUUGUGGAUGAAACAUUACCGUCAACCUCUAUUCAGCUCAGGUUAGCUGACGGGACUCGCAUGAUCGCGAACUUCAAUCACCACCAUACUGUCAACGAUAUUCGUGCUUUCAUUGAUGCAUCUAGACCUGGGAACAUGAGGAAUUAUCAACUGCAGGUGAUGGGAUUUCCUCCUAAACUUCUUACCGAUCCAGCUCAAACCAUAGAUCAGGCUGGGCUUGCCAAUUCAGUUGUUAUCCAGAAAUUCUAGCAAAAAGCAAAAGGUUAUCAAUUAUCUCCUCUCUUGUUUUCCAGGCUGGUUACUGUACCAAGUGAAAAUACCCUACAGGCUACAAUCUAUAAUCUAUAUACAGAAAAGGGGUUUUGAUUUAUUAUUGUGUUGUUAAUGAUCUUAUUAUAUUCUAGUUCAUAUUUUCCCUA